AGCUAUUGCUCGAGACGGUCCAAGUCCAAGAUGGUAAAGGAAAAGAGAAAGAAGAUGCGGCGGUGCACUGUGCUGGUGCACCUGUGCCUGCUGCACGACUUCAGCGACGCGCUGCAGUCGUUUGUGCGCAAGCCCUCCGACCAGUACGUCAGGGAGGGCCAGACGGUGGUGCUCCCGUGCCAGGCGUCAGAGCCGGUCGGCCAGGUACAGUGGACCCGCGACGAGUUCGGCCUGGGCAUCAUACGCGACCUACCCAACUACCCACGCUAUCGGAUCAUCGGUAAUGACCUCGAGGGCAUCUACUCGCUGGAGGUGCAGCGCGCCACGCUGGAGGACGACGCCGUGUUCGAAUGUCAGGUCGGCGCGGCCGCCGGCCAGCAGGGCAUCAGGUCCCCCGACGCGCGCCUGACGGUCCUGGUGCCGCCGGAGCCGCCGCGGGUGAUCCAGGGGGACCAGGUGACGACCGCGGCCGGCCUGGAGGUCCGACUCCAGUGCGAGAGUCGCAGCGACCGCCCCCCGGCCGAGCUCCGCCCCAAUCACCCGACGGCUCUGUAUCCCGGACAUGCCGCUGAAAGAGAAGGAAAGGUGGUGGGAUGUUGAACUCAUGGACAAACGUCGUCGCCAGACAUGCGCAUCAAGAUCGGAGCCAAGGUGUGACGAUUCCAAAGAUCGAGUGGUACCGCGGCGACGGCACGAUCUUCGAGAACGGCACCUCUACCGAGUCGGCGUUGAUGGCUGACGGCAAGCGGAGUGUGGCGCGCUCCACCCUGGUGCUGACGGCGGCGUCGGCCCACCGCGGCACGACUGCCACCUGUCGAGCGCACAACGCGGCUCUCACUCGACCGCAGACGGCCGCCGUCGGCUGCAGGUCACGUUCCCGCCGGAGACGCACCGCGCUUCCGCACCGAGCCGCGGGACGUGGCCGCGGACGCGGGCCAGGAGGCGACCCUGCUCUGCGACGUGGACGCCAACCCAG